AAAAUAAGGGUAUGGCGACGCGGGAGCGGCCAAACAGAUCCUGAAGCAAACCCGCGUUUCCAUAUUUACCCUCACAACAACCCCAAAUUACAAUUAUCGCAUUCAUUCACCUCAUCGCUUCAACCCGAUCUAAUUUCUACACCGCCGUCGAUGAUCGAUCACCGUUAGCCUCGUCAUCCUCGCUUUGCGAAGUUUCGGUGUCGUCGUUACGUUUGUAGGAAUAAAACGACGGCGACGACGGUGACACGCUGCGUUGCGUGAAACGAUAAGAGAAACCGAUGAGGUCCUCUUCUUCGGAUAGGAUCAGCAUCGCUGCCAGUGCUCAGAGACUCGAUGUCGAUAACCGAAUCGCGCUCCGAUUCUACUACCGCAUCGCCGAUAACAUCCUCCGACAGGCUGACAUCUUCCGCGCUGAGAAGAAUAUUAUUGACCUCUAUGUGAUGCUUUUAAGAUUUUCUAGUUUGGUGUCUGAGACAAUACCACGUCACCGAGAUUAUAGAUCAUCUCCACAAAGGCAGAAAGAAUCAUUGAAAAAGAAAUUGUUAAUUUCUUUGAAUGAACUGGAGAAAUUGAAACCAGUGGUCCAACAGAAGAUCAAUGAGCUUAACAACAAUCUCGCAUACCAACAAAAUGGGCGUGGAAAUUUUAGUUCAAAUAAUUCACUGGAUUUUUCUCCCAUGAAAAAGCAAACAUCAGCUAGUUAUGGCCAAAUAAAGGCAGCUAGACCUACUAGAACUGGGGAGCUUUUUUACCAAGGAUCUAGGACCCAACAAUUCUCUUAUGCCAGGCCUGUGGAAGAGCAUGUACGAAGACUAUCUCUAACUCUUCCACCUCCAAAGGAGGAAACUCUCUCUAGACAUUCUAUCCUUGGUCCCAAUGGGUUAAAGGGACAGUGGAGACCACCUUCCACUGAUAAAAGGAUUAGGUAUCCAAGCAACAUUGAUCUGUCUCCUGUUGAAUUGCCAAGCCUACAAAAUCCUUCGGAACAUGAAUCUGUGAGUAAGAAAGAUGAUAGCAUUGCGGAACACUAUAAGUCAGAUUUAGAUUCACUUGUUACCCAAAGUGAGGACGUCCAACCCCAGCCUCAGCCUCAACUUCAGCAUGAUCAGGAACCUCCUUCUCUUAUUUCGUUUGAAACAACAGAAAUCACUCCUGAAAUAGAGGUUAUCAGGCAGCCUUCUCCUCCACCUGUACUUGCCGAGGUUGUAGAUUUGGUCCCUGCAGCAUCACCUUGUGUUCAGGAAGCAGGAUGUAAGGCAGAGAUUUCAUCAACGGAUAGUCGUGUUCAUGCAGAGGCUCCUCUGCAACUGCACAUUUCAACUUCUUUGAUGGAGAGUUUUAUGAAGCUUGCCAAGUCAAAUACAAAAAAGAAUUUAGAGACUUGUGGAGUCCUUGCCGGUUUGCUUAAAAACAGAAAAUUUUAUAUUACCGCCCUUAUAAUCCCAAAGCAGGAGUCAACAUCAGAUUCUUGUCAGACUACAAAUGAAGAGGAAAUAUUUGAAGUGCAGGAUAAACGAUCUCUUUUUCCCCUUGGGUGGAUCCAUACACAUCCUACACAAUCUUGUUUCAUGUCGUCAAUUGAUCUGCACACCCACUACUCCUAUCAGAUUAUGCUGCCGGAAUCUGUUGCAAUAGUCAUGGCGCCAAAAGAUAGUACAAGAAACCAUGGCAUUUUUCGGUUGACCAGCCCUGGUGGAAUGUCUGUGAUUAAACAAUGUGAUCAGCGUGGGUUUCAUCCACACAGUCAACCUCCAGAUGGUGGUCCUAUUUACAAGACAUGUACAGAUGUAUACAUGAACCCAGAUUUAAAAUUUGAUGUCAUUGAUCUUCGAUAAGACUUAUUUAUGCCAUCAUUGUUUAUACAAAUAGGUUUUACUUUUACCAUUAAUUCACCAGCUGUGGCCAUAAGGAAUGUCCCGGCCGUGUUUGUAAAAAGAAAUCUUGCUCGUUGGCUUUUUAAUUUUUUGGGUAACACCUUUUUAACUUUGUAUUGCUGUGCUGCAUCCUACUACUGGUUGACUAUGCUGUUUAAUUAAAAUGCAUAUACCGAUUUGUAUCAGUUAUCAUAA